AUGGGAGAUGCGAUUUCCCCACCGCUCUUCUUUUCUGCCGACUAUGAUGUGAGUUGGUUAGCUCUUGAUGAGACGGUUGUAACGCUCCGAAGACCAGAUCUGCCAGCGCAAUCCUCCACACAACGUUGUUUCCUGCGCAUGUCUCCAAGUGGGAAGAACACACCCCAGUGUCACGCCUCAACACGUGGACCCUUGGCUUCCCAAGUUGCAGAGGACUUGAGUCCCAUGCUUGCUCAAACCCGAGACCCCACUUUGUGUGCACGUGGCAAGGCUGGAGUCUUGUUCAUGCUGGGGCCGCAAUUUUAUCGGGCUCAUGUGAGCAGAUGCACCAAAGCCAAGAGGCAAAGUGGAGUGUGCAAAACGACAUGA